AUGGAUACAUGGAUGUCAAAUUUACCCGAAACCCUCACUAACGUUCCCCUCUCGAUGCUAGCAAUUCCUGGCUCCCAUGAUUCCUGCUCUUAUUGCUUAAACUGUGAAUGUGAAUUAUCUCAAGACAACGAAGCAUUCCCUGCUUUGAUGCUUCUUGGAAAAUUCGGUAAGUUACUCUCUGCUCGGUGGGGUCGGACUCAGGACGUCAGCUUAUCGGAACAACUCGCUGCGGGAAUCCGCUACUUUGACUUUCGUGUGAUUCACCGUGAGGUUGAUGGUCUCUUCUACUUUGUCCAUGGUCAGUUUGCAAAUGAAGUGUCGGCAGAAUUGUCAAUCAUUCGCUCCUUUCUCCAAGAGCACCACAAAGAGGUUGUUCUACUGGAUUUCAAUCACCUUUACUGUUUUUUUAAGCCCGACUCUACUUCACUUCUUGAAAGGACCAUUGUUAAGAUGUUUAAUCCGUCAAUAACGCCUUUAAGGAUAAAAAAGAAGUGUUGCAACUUCUCAGGAAAAUAUGAUGACCCGAAUAAAGUUUUUGUCGCCUACCGCAUCCUUUCUGCGAUUUGUAAGACAAUAAUUCUAUGUUCCUAUUUUAGCGCAGGCGUUGACAAAUUCCAUGUAACGCAGGGAGUCCUGACUCCAGACUCGGACUACAUCCUAAACCACAUGGAUUCGGAUCUAGCAGUAUUGGCUGCGUCUGCGGGGGAGAGGGUAAUCGAAUGGCUUACCGAAGAAGUUGGACAACGCAACGUAGUAAUGAUCGAUUUUGCAGUCAAAAUGUUCCCUCAUUUUGCAAAAGCUGUGAUAAGCAUGAACACCUCGAGGCAGCUUUAG